AUGGUUUUAAAAAACAAUAUAGAUAAAUCUCUAAAAGACUUGGAGACAAGAAUUAAGGAGUUAGGGCAAAAAGAAAGGGUUAGAGAACGGGAAAAAGAAACCGAAGUCAAGCAAGAAAUUAUAAAUAAUUUAGAAGAAAAGGUUAGAGAAGAAACCCAAGCCAAGCAAGUAAUUAUUAAUAAUUACGAAGAAAUGUUUAAAGAACGUGAGGAA